AGAUAACUUAAUCGCAAUAAUGAAUGAGAGCUUCCCUGAAUUGGGAUUGCAAGAUAAAGAUUGCAUUGAAAUGAGUUGGAUUCAAUCAGUUUUGUAUAUUGCAGGAUUCAACAAAGAUGACCCUAUAGAACUCUUGCUGAACAGAAUUGUAACCUACAAAAGCCCAUUCAUAGCUAAGUCUGAUUAUGUAAAAGAACCUAUACCAGAAGCUGGUUUAGAAGGUAUUUGGAGAAUGCUUCUAAAAGAAGACACAUCAGCAUUACUUAUAAUGGAGCCAUAUGGUGGAAAAAUGAGUGAAAUUUCAGAAUCUGAAAUCCCUUUUCCUCACAGAAAAGGAAACUUGUUCAACAUACAAUACUUUGUCAAGUGGGAAGUGAAUAGCAUUGAAGAAUCCAACAAGCAUAUAAAGUGGAUGAGAAUGCUUUAUGGAUACAUGACUCCUUAUGUUUCAAAGUCUCCAAGAGCUGCAUAUUACAACUAUAGGGAUCUUGAUUUAGGUAGCAACAAGCAUGACAACACAAGCUACUCAGAAGCAAGUGUUUGGGGCAUCAAGUACUUUAAGGGAAACUUUAAGCGUUUGGCCCAAAUUAAGACAAAAUUUGAUCCCCAAAACUUUUUCAGGAAUGAGCAGAGCAUUCCUCUUCUGAAUUCCCAGCCUUGA